AAAAGAGUGGCGGAGCCGCGCAUUGGAGGCAUGAGCGAGAGCGCGGCGCCGGGAGCGCUGAGGAGGUGCCUGUCCUUGUGCAACCCCAACAGUGUAAUGGCAGCGUUUAAGGGAAUCUGGACACAAGAGUUCUGGAGAGCAGUCUCGGGGGAGUUCCUGGCCACCAUGAUCUUUGUCCUUCUCAGUGUGGGCUCAACAAUAAACUGGGGAGCUGGCGAGGAGAAGCAGUCACCCCCUGACCUGGUGCUCAUCUCGCUCUGCUUUGGACUGAGCAUCGCCACCAUGGUGCAGUGCUUCGGUCACAUCAGCGGCGGUCACAUCAACCCCGCUGUGACAGCUGCCAUGGUCUGCACCAGGAAGCUUAGCCUGGCCAAGGCUUUCUUCUACCUCAUAGCCCAGUGCUUGGGAGCUACAGUGGGGGCAGGAAUCCUCUUCAUGGUCACUCCUGCUUCAGUGAGGGGCAACCUGGGGGUAACCUCGGUCAGUUCCAGCAUUUCUGUGGGCCAUGCACUGGUGGUGGAGCUGUUGAUCACUUUUGAGCUGGUCUUCACCGUGUUUGCCACUUGUGACCCCAAGCGCGUUGACCUAAAAGGCUCAGCAGCCUUAGCCAUCGGGAUCGCUGUCUCCAUCGGCCAUCUCUUUGCCAUCCCUUACACUGGUGCCAGUAUGAACCCUGCUCGGUCAUUUGGCCCUGCUCUUGUGACCUGGAACUGGGAGAACCACUGGGUCUACUGGACAGGCCCCAUUAUGGGCGGCGUCGUGGCCGCCGCUCUCUACGAAUAUGUGUAUUGCCCCGACCAAGAGUUGAAGCAGCGCAUUAGAGACGUCCUUUCCAAGGGCCCCUACACCUCCACCAAGUACAAGGAAGUGGAGGACAGCCGCUUCCCGAGGGACCUGGACGAGCUGGUGAUCAAGCCAGGACCUUUCCAUGUGAUCGACGUGGAGAGGGCUGAAAGAAAGGACCGUGAUCGAGACCGGGAUCGGGACCCGUCUCGGGAGGUGCUGUCCUCCGUAUGACUAGCCAGGAGCGCUGAAAAAGGAGAGCCACCCGUUACCCUCGGCCAACCCCCCGCGUCCUCCCUUAAAGAAACGGACCUGCUGUAGGACAGAGUGCCGCCACGUUUCUAAACAGUGGUGAACUCACCCAGUCUUACACAAAGUCAUAGUGGACCGCUGUGACUCUCAGGUGUGAUCUGGGGCUCAGAUUUAUGACGGAGAAGGUGAAUCAGGGUCACCGUUCUAUUAAUUUCUGGGAAUUUAAUUACCAGGGUGAUGCUGAGACAAUCAGAGGUGCCAUUAAAAUUGGGUCAAGGGCAAAUUUUAUAGCCCUACGGCUGGUUGGAGCAUCACAUCUGUGCUCUCCCAGGGUUACUCCUUUUUCAGUGCAUAUUUCUGUUGAAAAAAAUAAACUUUACUUAUGACACUGUUUUUUUUAAUUGCUCUGAAUUUCUUUUGAGUGUUUUUUUUUGACGGUGUUUACUGAGUUGAACGACUGAAGUGAAUUGUGAACAUCGGUAGCGUAUUUAAAUUGUGAAUUUCGGAAUACGCUUUGCAGCCGAAAUUUAUUUUCACUGUAUGUUUUCCUUUGUGCGGUUUCUUCGCCCCCACUGUGCCGUUCUUUGUCUGGAGCUGUUAUGACGAAGGGCGGACUUAGUCCUCAUUCUUUUCGGUUUUCACUUACAACUUGUUAGAUGUUUUGUAGUCUAGAUUAUACCUUCUUAAAAUCAUUUUUCCAAUUUUCAAAGGCUAGCUCAAGCCUCUGCAGUGAGUUUAGAUGUACAGUUUUGUGUAGAGGAAAAACAAAUAAUUGCAAAUAUUGGAGCGGAGUGUAUUCAUUUCAUAACAUGUCUUCACUGUAAGUACUACUAUUUGUGUAAAGCUCCGAUUUUCAAAAUGUACGUUAUUUCUCAACUUUUCGUGUCAGGCUCAGUUUCGCUGAUGCUUUUUUGCAGUGACGUUUUCAAUAAAACUAAUGUAAUGUUUUUUUUUAAUUCACUGAAUAAAAACUCAGGGCUCAUGACAGCCUUAGCACAGAGAAGAUGUUGUGCAACUCUUGUAUUGCAAGGUAGUUUGGGAAAGUCACUCGACUGACUCGGAAACUGAUAGUAAUUAUGAUAUUAAUGAUAUUAUGGUGUUGCUGUGUGACUGCUGACACUGGGAACCGCAGCACAGCAGACCCUCACAAGCACAGUACUGAUAGAGCACCUCUCGACAUGUGAGAUUCCUCUUAAAUUACAUA